CAGUACAGUAGGAUUUAAGCCUAGACAGGAUGUGUAUGGGUUACGUCUGUUCAGAAAUUUUUAGACACGAUUUUAACUGAUUUGAGUUAACUAUCGAUAAGGUAGUGAUUUGUCAAUACUCAGACCUUAAUAACGUGAAUUUAUACACUUGGCUGCUGUCAGCUGCAAUCAUUAAUAAGGACUAAUAAUACGACGAUGAUAAUUAAUAAUACAUCGACAUUAAUAUUCGACUGAGAUAGCAUUAUUAAAAACUCGGUUCAAGCAGAAAAUGACAGAAAGCUUGAUAAAUGAAUGGUUGGCAGAUUGUGGAGAUAUAUCACCUUCUAAACUUCAUACCUUUGCUACCACAUUAUCGCAAGAUAAUGAGAUAGUUAGAGCACUUUAUGUAUUGCUCGAAGAGCGUAGCAAAUAUAGCCAGCUUGUAGAUACUGUUUGUAAUCAACUAUUUGAUUUCUAUCGUUCUCAAGAGAUAGAACUCAGAAGAUUUACUUUGCAAUUUUUACCUACGCUGAUAUUUAUUUAUUUAAAUUCUGCUGCCCAUGGCGAUAUCAAGAAUUGCCGCACAGUUGAAACUCUUCUAAUUGGGUUAUAUAAUCUCGAAGUAGUGGAUAAAUCUGGACAACAAAAGGCGGUUUCUUUUCGAUUACCAUCUCUCGCUAUGCUAUCUAUAUAUCACGAGCCAGCAAGCUUGACACCAGCUUCCUUAACAGAAAGUGCAGUACGUCGUUUCGAAGAAUGCAAUACAAAACUUGUUAGUUGGGGCCCUUUACGUCAAGUAGAAACUCUGAAUGCUCAAAAUAGAUUAAAAGUGAUGACCGCUCUACUUUUCAUUUAUAACCAACAACUGGGUUAUAUAAAUAAGUUUGCUUUGGAGCAAUUGUGCAAAGUUGCAACAAAGCUUGUUACUCAAGGUUUCACGAAACCGGGACACCAUCAACGAUCUUCAUAUGGCAGCGAAUCUAGUUUUGUUCCAAGACUUUUGCCACGCAUACCUGUUUCAACUCAAUUUCUUCUCGAAUUUCUUCAAGCAGUUUAUUUUGCAAUGUACAAUGAUUGUUGGUAUGUAGCGAGUCAAGCUGUGGAGGAUAUACACAACAGAGCGUGUUAUGAAAUGUAUCCUGAUGUAAUGUUGGUUACAAAUGCCAUACGAAAUUCUGCCAAUUCUGGGCCAUCUGGUCAAUCAAGUGAUGGAUCUAUUGGUAUUUGUGUUGCAUUGUCCUCUGUAACUGCAACUCCAACAAUAUCAAAAUCUAUGAUUACAAAUGCUUCAUUCCGCACUAAAAAAUUACCAGAUGAUAUACCAAUUCAAGUUGUAAAGGAAGAUUCUGGUGGAGAAGGGAAAGGUAAUUUGGUUUCUAUCACAGAAGAGCAAGAAUCAAUAGAACCAAAUCGUGCUGGCUCGAUGCGACAAGGAAAGGAUCAGAAAAUUUCAUCAAAAAUGACUAAUUUUCCAGUACUUGGAAAGAAGCCUAAAGAAAGAGAUGGAAAAACAGCUAAGAAUCCUCUUAAUGCAAUAUGCGAUAAGGAAAAGAGACUUGGAUCGCAAAAUACAUCGAAAGAGAAUAUUAAAGGAAGUAGUUCGAUGUUAAACAGUGAACAAUCAGAAGUUGAUAUAAGUAUUAAUGGCUGUAUGAACAGAAAGAAGAAUAAUAGUGUGGAAAAUAAUUCAUUUGGAACAGACAGUGUUACUUUAAUGGAUGGAGAACGACUUGGAUUAAGUGGGGACACUGGCGACAACAAUAUUAAUAUAGAAGCUCCUAUCAACUUAAGGGCGCAUAACGAAUCAGAAUCAUUGACUUCUUCAAUUCAGGUUAGCUCAGUUUAAACAAGAUUAAAAAAACAAUCUAUAUAACAAAAAGUCAACUUAAGAGAUAGUAGUGGGCUAAACUACUGUGAACACUUUUGACUAUCCUUGUAUAUAGAAAUACCACAUUAAUAAUGUGUGUGCUACUAUAAACUAUUUCCUCAUUAGUAUUAAUACCACAAUGAAUUAAAUAUCUCUGUGAGAAUAUAAGUGAAAGAUUUCAAUAAAUACAGGUACUACAGAUUGUAAAAUGCACAAGUUCAAUUGGAUUUCUUGUUAGAAGAAAACAGCCCACUACUUCAUUGAUCUCUACAAUUAGUUUAAAAAUGGGGAAGGGAACAAUGAAUUAAUGUUGUAUUUUCUUUUGUUAAAAUUAAUAUUGAUAAACUUUGUCAUUGUAAUAUACAUAUAUAAUUUGUUUUCUAUAUAUUAUAUGUUCUAUUUGCUUCUUAUGCUUUUUAAUGUUUUCUCAUUUAUAUAUUUACUUAAUUUAUAUGACAUACGUUGAUUUUGCAAAGAAUAAUUUAUAAAGUCAAGCAUUAUUUAUAGAGUAAGGUAUUCUAAUGUGCAGUAAUGUUAAUCUCAAAACCAAAAUUUAUAUUUUUAAUAAAAAAUAUCUGUACUUUUGUGUUAUUUUUUUUAUAUAUAAAACAAUAGUAACAGAAAUAAAUAUUCAUCUAAGCAAUAUAUUAUAAUGAUUUACACACAAGUUAUAAUUAGAACAUUAUUGAGUAUUAAAUGCUCAAAAUGUUAUUGCAUUUUAUAUUAAGUUAUUCUUAUAAGAUAAAUUGUUAAAAUAGGCAAUUAUUAAGAUUCUAUUUUUUUUUUUUUUUUUUUUCUAAAAAAAAAAAAAGAGAAAACUGUUUUAUUUAUUUAAAUGAUAUUUAACUCAGAAUGGAUUGUAGUACUUAUUAAUAUAUGAUUUAAAUUUAUUAUUUUUUGCUUUCUUAUUUUUUCUUAAUAUACAUAUUCUGUCAUUUUUAUACACAUGCAUUAAAUUUUAUGUAUCUGAUAUUUAAUAGAAAAUUGUCUUGAUAAAAUCAAAGUAUCAUUAUAUAUAAACGUGCUUUUUUUCACUAUCAAAUGUUAAUAUUAUAAUAUUCAAAACAAGUUAACAUAUCAUAAGUUAUUAAUGAUUUAUUUUUAAUUAAUUCGCUUUUUAUUGCUUGUUCUUAAUUCCUAUGAAUUUAUUUUAUUCAUUGAUUCGAGACAAUAUGAAAUUGAUAUAAGAUUUAAUACUGAUUGUGAGUAAAUGAUUAAACAAUUGAAUAACAAAUGUAACAAAAUUUAGGUUCUUCGUAUAUAAAUAGCAUUACUGCAGUAGAAUUCUGUAUGAUUUUAACUGUUAAGACUAUUGGUGUAUUUUGGCUUUGUAACGUCAUAUUGCUAUUGUAUUUAUAAAAAUGAACAAUUUUUUUAUUUCAUUACUUAUAGUAGUUCUUUUUUCAAUCAAAAAAAAAAAAAAAAAAGAAAAUAAAAAAAGAAAAUAAUAAAGAUACAAAAAAUAAGUGCUUUAACUCUUUAAGUGUUGUACAAGUGUACAAAGGAAAUGUUUUCAUUAAAUCCUAUAACAAAUAUAACACUUAAAGGGUUUUAGUUUGGGCUUAGAACUUUCGCCCCCAUAAGACUGUAUGCUGCAUUAUGUUAUUAAUAAGUAUAAUGAAAAUGUAUUAUCAUAUGAAAAUAUAUUGUUGUUAACGAGUUAUAGUAUAUUUACUAUGAAAUAAUUUGACUCAUAAAAACCGGAAAAAAAAAACACUUGGAUAUGGGGUUUUUUGCAAUCAAUAAAUAUUUUUAAAAUUCGACAGAGAUAGAUAAUAAAGUAGAAGUUAAAGAAAUUAAUUACAUGCUUGACUUGAUAAAAAGUUGGCAAUAUUACAUGGAAGUUAUAUUCUGCCAUAUGAUCCUGUUCUAUCUAUUGGUCAACAAAAAAUAUAUUGUAUUAUUGGAUAAGAAUUUAAAAAAAAGAAAAAAUAGAAAAAGAAAGAAAA